AUGAAUGGAGAAUAUUUCAACAAUGAGCCCCCACCUGGGAUUUUAAAUGACUUUAAUAACAAUGAAACUUCGUUGGAUUACUACAAUCUUAGAGAAAAUGAAAGACCCAUGUUUUCAUCCUAUAUUUCUAGCACAGAGAAGCUAAAAUAUUUACCGAAAACCUUAAGAGAGCAUAUUAUAAUUGAAUAUACAGCGACAUUUGCAAUUUUGGAAAGUGAUAUUGUGGAAUUCUAUUUAAAGCUAGAUAAUGAUUUGCUAAUAAAAUUCCCAUUUCUACAUGUAGACCAUCCUUUACAUGAAUAUUAUGAAUAUAUUAAGACAAAUACAAAAAAAAGAAUUGUAAAUGUUUGUCCUGAUGUUAUAUCUGAACCUUUAAAAGAUUUAUUGUUAUAUGUUCAAAAAUUAGAAAAAGAAAAAAUUGUAAAAAAUGAAACAAAAACAAAAUUGUUAGAAGAAAAACAAGCAAAUGCAUUAAAAGAAGCAAAAGAUAAAACACAAAAAUUAAAACAAAAGGGGGAUCAAUCAUAUUCAUCACUUUUUUUGAAAUAUAUGGAAUCAGAUGAAGAAUCAUUUGAAAAGGAUAACACAAAAACUUCUUAA